AUGGAUGUGUGGAGUAUCGACAAUGAAAUUCUUCGAAAAAAUACAUCAAAGUAUCCUCCUGGCAUACAGACGCUUCUGUCCCCGCUUAUCAAACAAUUCGCUACAAACAUUUCAAAUAUAUACCAAGGAAAUACUGUAUCAUAUCUUCUGGAUAAAGCAUUGCUUGCACUUUUUCGAUGUAAUCUUGCUCCAAAGCGACAGCAACAACAAAGAGACAAAAUAAAAAAGCAACAAAAAAAAAGACAUCAAAGAAGAAUUGAUCGUUUGCAAAACAGUAACAAAAUUCAAAAUAUAAAUAAGGAGAAAGCUUACGUGGAGCGAUUCAAGGCGAUGAUUGCAACGAAGAUAGCAUCUAUGAAAAAUGCAACGGAAACAAAAGACUCUGCCCAAGUUCCAAUCAGCGACGAUACUGAUGUUGAUGAUGAUGAUAAUGACUAUGACGACGAUGAGGAUGAAGUGGACGUUGAUGAUAGCGCAAGUCCUGCUCCUACUACUGAAAUUGAACCCUCCAACAAGCGUCUGAAGAAAAUGGUGUCAUUCGUAAAACGACUUCUUUUUUAUCAUCCUAUAGAACCUGAUUGUUCCAUUGAAGAAUUACAAGCCCAUAUUUCCCAUCUUGAUAUUACCAUUCAUGAAGGCACUAUUAUCCAACGUAUCUACAAGUUUCUCUCGCCAUAUGUGUUACCAUCUGUGAAUGACAAAGAAGUCGAUCUCCACCCACUUCUCAAUUACCCAAUUGUCAUGUUAUGCAAUUACAUCCUGACGAAAACUGGAUACUCAAGAUUUACUCGAAAGUCUCUUCCAACAAUCAAGUCAUCUUCUAUUUCUCCGCUAAUACUUGAUUCUUCCUCUAUCUACAAUCUUUUUUGUGGUCUAAAAUUUCGGGCGGGCGGACAACAACGUGGUAGCGAUGAUCCUGAACCUUUCCAUCGGUAUGGCUUUGAUGUUGGGCUAGGCAAUGGGCAAACCAUCACGAACAGUGAAAUAGCACGUAAACAUCCAGACGAAAUGUUCGGGGCAUUCUUCAAAACUGAAUACAUGGAAGCGCUGUGUCACUCAAUGAACCUUCAAUUCGACCACCGUAUAAUAAUCACCAAUUAUGAUGUAGUCCAUUUACAAGGGAAACGACAAGCAACUACCGAUGAUGAAAAAGGGAAAACGACGAAAUCAAAGCCGAAUGCCAGAAAAAGAAAAAGAGAUGAGGACAUUGAUCUCAACAGUCAAAUUGGAAUUUUGGAUAAACAGCUAUUGGAUCUUGGCAAGGAAAUUAGUCGGUUAAAUAAUGAAUCUUCGAUACUAUACCAAGAAAUCAAAAUGGCCACAAGAAAAAUAGAAGUUCAUCAUCCAACUGAAAUCAAAAAAAAGCUUGUGGACACUAGACAAGAAUUAAAAAAAAAUCGAAAUACCAUUUUGCGUCAAUUGGUGCUAGUCAAGAACAAAAGUUUGGAUAUACGAAACGAAAAAGCAGCUGUCUACAACGCAUAUUACGGUGAUAACAUUAAUCAAGAAGACGAUUCUGUUUCUGCUUCUAAUACUUCUUUGACUCCGUUGGCGACUACUGGUGAUAAUCAAAGUUCUAAUCAGUAUGCGUAUAUUGGAUGUGAUCCUGGUCUCGUCACUAUGCUACAAACAGCUAAAGUUACUCCAAGAAAGCUUGCCUUCCAUUUGGCCUUAUCAAAUCGCUUUGAAAAAUUACAAGAUCUUGAGGAAUCUAUAGCUACGCAAGAUUUGAAAAAAGAAAUAUUGAAGACUGCAUCCAUCCCAAUCAAGGCUUCUCAAAUAAACGCAAUGUCCCACAACAAGAGACUACAAAAGGAACUCAACAUUAGAAAGAAGAAAUACGAGGCGGCCAUUGCAACGGAAGAUCAAGAAAAAUUAACUCAAUUUUAUAUCAAGGAUAAAUGGACCAAAAGAAUGAAAAGACGACGCAAAAUUUUCAAAGAAAGUGCUUACGCAAAGGUGGCUAAUCAAAACCGAUGGCUUCACGAUCCUAAUGGCGAUACCAAACUGGUCUAUUUCUACGGUGAUUCUGGUAGAAGUACGGGCUUAAGAAUAGGUGGACAUCUUCGUCGCGGUCAUAAGGAUCUGAUCAAAUGCAUCACUCAAAAUUCCAUUGUCGCUACCACUCCUGAAUAUCGAACAUCGAAGUUGUGCUGUUUCUGCAAUCAACCAACAAUACAUCCAAUGAAACGCAAUAAAGAUCAAAAACCACGACGAAACCUUGGAACUGUUAUUUGUACAAAUCCUGAUUGUUAUGCAAGAAAAAAUGGUUAUGCUUCCUUUUCACGCGAUGCUAAUGCUUGUGUCAACAUGGUUGUAGUUGGAUUCUCACAAAUGUGCAAUCAAGUAUCACCUCCUGCCUUCCAACAAUCAAAAACAAAAAUAGAGUCAAAUAGCAAAAAUAUUUUGAACCUAUUGGAAUCUUUGCAUCCUGAUUUGUUUGGUGAUGAUUCUAUCUUAACUUUGAAUUAAACACUAUUGGGUAAGA